AUGUCAACCCAGAAUAAGAGAAUUGCCUUACCAGCUCGAGUAGAACCAAAGGUGUUCUUCGCCAAUGAAAGAACUUUCUUAUCGUGGUUGAAUUUCACCGUUAUUUUGGGAUCCCUAGGAGUUGGUUUGCUUAACUUUGGUGACUCAGUCGGUAGGAUCUCAGCCGGUUUAUUUACCUUUAUUGCUAUGCUUACUAUGGUGUACGCAUUGGUCACAUAUCACUGGAGAGCCAAGGCCAUUAGAAUGAGAGGAUCAGGCCCAUACGACGACAGAUUUGGACCUACGAUGUUGUGUAUUUUCUUGUUGGUUGCGGUUGUGAUCAACUUCAUUUUGAGAAUCAGAGCAUGA